CACAGUGACAGGCGUGAGUGGAAAGUGAAGAACUGCAGUUGGAAAGUUUAAAGUACAGUUUAAAUGUACUAUCCAGAGACUAGCAGAUAAGUGAAAAAUCUUCUGAUCAUGACAUCUGUCUCAGAGAAUAGAGAUAAGGAGAAGGUGCGCUCCGUAUCGGUGGACUUGAACAAAGAUGCAUCUCUUCUUAUUGAUAUCCCUGAUGCCCUUUGUGAACGUGACAAAGUCAAAUUUACCGUCCACACCAUGACCACACUUAGUUCAUUUCAAAAGCCAGAAUUGUCUGUGCCACGCCAGCACGAAGAUUUCAUCUGGCUCCAUGACACAAUGGUGGAGACCGAGGAAUAUGCUGGCCUCAUUAUCCCUCCCGCCCCACCAAAGCCUGACUUUGAGGGUCCCAGGGAGAAAAUGCAUAAGCUGGGAGAGGGGGAAUCCAGCAUGACAAAGGAGGAAUAUACCAAAAUGAAGCAGGAACUUGAGGCGGAAUAUCUUGCUGUUUUUAAGAAGACCGUGCAGGUUCAUGAAGUUUUUCUCCAGCGGCUCUCUUCCCACCCCGCAUUCAGCAAGGAUAGAAACUUCCAGAUAUUUCUGGAAUACGACCAGGAUCUCAGUGUGAGGAGGAAAAAUACCAAGGAAAUGUUUGGUGGAUUUUUCAAAAUCAUGGUAAAGAGUGCUGAUGAGUUCCUCAUCUCAGGGGUCAAGGAGGUUGAUGACUUUUUUGAACAGGAGAAGACUUUUCUGUUGGAUUAUUCUAACAAAAUCAAAGAUGCCACUGCUAAGGCUGAGAAAAUGACCCAUUCACACAAAAAUGUUGCUGAGGAUUAUAAUCACAUUUCUACUGCUUUGAACAGCACUGCUGCAGACAACAGCACUGCCUUGAAAAAGCACUUAGAAACAUUUGCUGAUGUGUUUGAAAAGCUUAGAAAAGUGGAUGAUAGAGUGGCAUCAGAUCAAGAUCUCAAGUUGACAGAACUUUUGAGAUAUUACUCAAGGGACAUUCAAGCAGCCAAGGACCUUUUAUACAGACGUGCUCGGGCGCUUGCUGAUUACGAGAAUUCCAAUAAAGCUCUUGACAAGGCUCGGCUGAAGGGUAAGGACAUUGCACAGGCGGAGGAGCUGCAGAAGCGGUGUCUGCAGAAGUUUGACAAGCUCUCUGUGUCUGGCAAGAAAGAGCUAACCAGCUUCAACACGAGGCGUGUAGUGGCCUUCCGCAAGAACUUGAUCGAGAUGACUGAGUUGGAAAUAAAACAUGCCAAGAACAGCGUGUCCCUUCUGCAGAGCAGCAUUGAGAUGCUCAAAAGCAACUGACCUAAACGAUGACGUCACUGUACCACCCUGAGCACUUCGAAUUGUUACUGACUUAAUAGAGGGGAACGUGGAUGCACCUUCUUCACAUAGCCCUAACAUGGCUCAGCAACCACUCAAAAUGUAAAAAAGAGCCACCACUAGCACAAUGUAUCUACUAUGUUUACACUUUCUGUAUUGUGCUUCUCUCUCCCUCUUUACUGCCAGUAUCUUGCAACAUCAAACUGAGGGCAGUGACCCCUUCCAUGAAUAACACUUAAAACCUUUCCCAUUUAUUUGUCUCUAUUUUGAGUUAUUAAGAACACAAAUACAUGUUUUUUCACCCCUUUCUUUGUCCUUUAUGUUUUGCUUGCAUUAGCUGAGAUGCUUUAUCUUAGAUUAUGAAGACAUUUAUAAGCAAUCACAAUAACAGGCAAAUUAAAUCACUUCAGUGAAUUUUAUAUUUUGCGAUUACAGCAAGUUGUCAUAUAUUAAUUCACUCUCAAAAUCAUUCUGUUGUUGUUCUGCAUUUUUGUACAUCUAAAUAUGAUCAUUAAUCUGCAUUUUCUGUCACUUUGGAAAAUGUUAUGUUUAUGAAUCGUUCUAGCAUCUAUCAUAUAAAUUUUAUUAAAAAAAUACAGGUGUAACAAACAGAUCAGUAUAAAUCUAAAUCAAGUGUUGCGUGACAUGGACUAUUUGUGAAAUAGGCUGACAGAUCUCUUCCAAAUAUGGUGAAUAAAAAUUCCUCAUAACCAUUUUUCUGUUCAAUAGAAAUUCAUCCAAAGACAUGACCCAACAUCAUGCAUUACUAGGGGGAAAAAAGGGAAUGUUGACAGUCAUUAAUGAUCAAAUUCCAUUUCAAAUGGAACAUUGCCAGGGUCAAAAACAGCACUUUCUCAUUACAUCAGGUUGUUUUUGAAAUUGUGAUUUCAUUGAUGUAAAGGGCUUGCUGACCCUAAUGUCCCUGUUGUUUAGAGGACUUGGUUGGUGUGUGUGUUGGUGAAUCACACAACUAUUAGCAGUUUUUGUCAUUCUUUUUGAUUGUUUUCUUUAUGGUAAAGGCUACACUGCCACAAAUAAUAUGGUGCUUUAGUGUGUGUAUGCAAGAAGCAUUUCACCACAAAUUAUCUGUGUGUUUUCCCAGAACUUGUCCCUUUCAGGAGACUGAAGACAGAUCUUAUUCAGACAUUUGAUAACAAUUUAUAUCCAGUUUCACUAUACAGCAUUUCUUCCUCUAAAUGCAAAUCAUGAUUCCUUAUUUAAAUGUGUUUAUCUUUUUUUUUGCUUGACUAAAUGUUUUCUCUUGGUGUUGUUACUGAAACUAACAGUCUAAAAUUAGCUACAUUUAAUGGACCAAAAAAGUUUAAUUUGAUGUAAAACCCACAAACAUUUCCACACUAUUCUGAUUAUUGAGAUGAUGUUUUGUAAAACAUUAUUGCAAUCAUGUACAAGCACAGGUAGUUCAAAAAUAGAUAAAUUUUUAUAAAGGAAUGUAUAGAAAAUGCAUUUUCGUAUGGAUUAUAAUUUUUAUGAAAACUUGCAAUAAUAAAAUUAAAUAAGCCCUGCUUUCAAA